UAACGUCCAAUCGUGUUAAAUAAAAACUAAAAUGGUUUCACUGCGCUUUCCAUUCUUGUUUUCUCAGCCGAGAAAGCAACCCAAUCAUGCCACCUCCGGCCACUUCUCUGCCACCAGAACCGUCGUGGCAUGUGCGGUGGCUGCCGGAGCUGCCACAUUCGCAGGCAUAGCAGCAACCCACAAUAGCUACAAUUUUAAUAACAAAGAACGCCCAUUUACACAAAACGUAUUGAAUUUGCUAUUUGCUAAUAUUAACUCUCUUCCUUGGGGUUCACUUUCUUUAGCUGAUGCCUCACCUACUACUACUGUUGUGGAAUCAAAAACCGGCGUGUCUUUUCCUUCUGUUGUUUAUGAAACGCGGAGACUUUUAGGAGUUGGGUUGAGGAGAAAGAGCGUGUUGGGAUUGAAGAACAUUAAUGUAUAUGCAUUUGGUGUUUAUGCUGAUGAUGAUCAAGUGAAAAAGGUUUUGGGUGAGAAAUAUGGAAAAAUAUCAAUUUCCGAACUCAAGCAAAACAAAGGGUUCAAAGAUGAUUACAUGGAAGGUGAUAUUUGCACAACUGUUAGACUCCAAAUAGUCUACAGUAAGCUUAGCAUUCGCUCAGUACGAAGUGCUUUUGAAGAAUCUGUAGGAAGCAGACUGCAAAAGUUUGGGGGUCCAGAUAAUAAGGAAUUGCUUCAGAGGUUCACUUCUCAGUUUAAGGAUGAAUAUAAAAUACCACGAGGUUCUGUGAUAGAGCUCUCAAGAGACAAAGGCCAUGUGCUUCGAACAACAAUUGACGGGAAGGAGGUGGGAAGCAUCCAAAGCAAACUCCUAUGUCGAUCAAUUUUAGAUUUAUAUAUUGGUGAGGAUCCAUUUGAUAGACAAGCCAAAGAAGACAUCGAGAGCAAAUUGGUGUCUCUCAUUCAAAAGUGAGCAAAUGAUCAUAUAUAUAUAUAUAUAUAUAUAUAUAUAGAUAUAUGUAGACAUCUGCAGUUUUCCUUUACUUUGAUCUGUAUUUGAUCGAACUAGUAGACCAUCCUCUUUGAACUAGUCAUCACAUCUGAGGGAUAUAAGCUGAACAUCUUGAAGACUUUUUCUAAGGAUAAACCAUGGUGCACAAGCUAUAAGUUUUACGA